UCAACCUGUUAAAGGCUUUUGAACAGGUUAAGAUUUAAAUUUUGCUGGUAGAAAAGAUGGUUGUGAUACGCAUCGCAUUGCCGUUGGUGGUUUUAAUGUGCUGCGUUUUGCUGCAAUCUACUAGCGCAUUGAUUCAUGUUGUUGGAGGAACUGAUGGUUGGGAAAUACCCCCUAAUGUCACCUUCUUUGCAAAUUGGGCUAAGCCUAGAACUUUUGGGGUUGGUGAUAAAUUAGUGUUUCCAUACAGAAUGGGAGCACACAACGUGCUACAAGUAUCAAAGGCAGACUAUGACAAUUGUGGUCAUGACAAUGUAAUAAACAUGUUCUACAAAGGACCAACCGUAGUCCAGCUCAACGCCACCGGCGACUACUACUUCUACAGCAGCGUUGGGACUCACUGCGAGCUCGGCCAGAAGCUACACGUUCACGUCGUCCCUGGCAAGGGUUACUCCGGUCGUGGCCGCCACUUCCUCGAAGUUUUUUCCCAUGCUCUUACUCCCUCUUCUCCUCAUGCUCCCAACUCUGCCUCUAGCGCCACUUAUAUUUCUUUCUUGGGCUUGCUCUCUUCUUUUUUGCUGGUUGUGCUUCUCAUAUGAUCACUCAAUUAUAAGACAUGCAUGAGUUUAUAGCCAUGAAAUACAUGGUUUUUUUUUUUUUUUUUUUAAUUAUAAAUUUUCUUUUGUAAAUCCAGUCACAUUUGUUUAUGUUGGUACGUACAUGAAUGAGUUCAGUUUAUGUUAGUAGAUUAAUUUGGUGCAAUUUUAUUGCAAAUGGUCAGAGAAUUGUAAUUUUGGUUUUGACACAAGUCUAUUUUUUGCUAUAGAAAAGUGGGAAGAUGUGUAAUAUUGAUGUUGUUGUAUGAGAAUAUGUUGCAUUGCAUUGUACUCUCUAGAUCCCAUAAUUAUAGAUUAUUAUUUAUAAAUUGAAAGUGAAACUAGCUAAUAUCACAAUGUGCUUAUUUGUUACACACGAAUAAAAUUAAAUGCU